AUGUCUUCUGAUACAAUGGCGCAGGAUGUCUUGCCGAAGGAGCUUAUGGAGCUCCAACUCGGCCAGAUUGACCUCCUCAUGGCCAUGUACUCCUCUGAUGACGCAAUUUCUAUGGACUCGGCGUCCGCUGAGACAAUAGAGAAGUUGAGAGACUGGUGUGAAAAUGAAGCUGGAGCUGUGCCCAAGGUUCCGGAAACGGGAAUCUACCUUCUUCUCAAACUUGGCGAUUUGGGAGAGGAUGAUGGUUCGGCUCAUUCAUUACAGCUCACACUUAACGUCCCUUUGACGUGUCAAAAAGGAGACGAAUUAACAGAGCCGCCUGCCAUCAAAACCAGGAUACAACAACCUGAUUGGAUGAGUAAAGGGGAUGUAACGAAGUUGAACACUGAGCUUCCAGAAGAGGACAUCCUCUCUGUCAUUGAACACAUCAAGGAAGCCGCCAGCCAACACUUGACCAACCAAAAGCAAGCUGAAGUAGCCAAUGCCCCAAGUCAAGAUACAUCAAUAGUCCGCGUCUGGUUCUACUUUCCCUCUAUCAGUACCAGGGCUAAACGGGACGACUUCAUAAACUACGCUCCGACAUAUGGCCUUACGGGGUUCCUGCUGGCUGGAAAACCAGGCAUUUUGUGUCUUGAGGGUGGAUCUAUUGCAGUUGAUGAUUUUAUGAAGUGGAUCAAGACAGAGAGCUGGGGUGAUAUCCCCGCUCACCACAAGAAGGUUAGCGAGAGGUAUCGAGAAGAAGACACGGAUCUGAAGCGGGCUUUUACGGAUAUGCAGGAGAUCACAGAUAUGAUCGAGAAGAGAGGAGCAAGGGGAAACCGAGGAGAUAUGAAGGCUUUGGAAGCAUGGCUGGUAGAAUGUGGACUCGGAGACGCCUUUGGCAAGAUUUUGAUGUAA